AUGUCUGUACUUAGUGAAGAUAUUGUUCGCAAUCUUGUAGCGAAUUGCAGUGUACCAUUGGUGUUCCGGGGCUAUGUGCGAAAUUGGUCAUUAUGCCAAUGGGAUGUAGAGAAAUGGUGUUCAGUUUUUGGAGAAAAAGAGAUACCAUUCAGAUGUUUAAAAAAAGAUUUCUUAUCAGACGAACCUUGUUGGGAACGACGAUGUUCUGUUAAAAGAAUGUCCUUCAAAAAUUUUGUUGAUACAUCUGCAUCAAGCGACGAAUGGAUGUACUUCGAUUAUAAAUACCUUUAUCAAUGGUUUAAUGGAGACGAUGAGUUGUAUAAGGGUGUUUCAUGGCAACAGUUUGGGUAUUCCGACAAAGGUGCUUCGGAUGCGACACUGUGGGUGGGCAGUAGUGGUGCACACACACCAGCACAUCAAGACACAUAUGGAGUAAAUAUUGUGACUCAGUUGUAUGGAAAAAAACGGUGGAUUCUUUUCCCACCUGAAACAGGUGGUUUAAAGCCAACAAGAGUACCUUAUGAAGAGUCAAGUGUGUAUAGUGAACUUAACUUCUAUUGUCCAAAUAAUUUAGAAGUUUUUAAUGGUCUGAUUGGAGCUCGCUCUGUGGAACUGUCAGCUGGUGAUGCUCUCCUGGUACCCAGGGGCUGGUGGCAUUAUGUACAGAAUUUAGAUCCACUGAACAUAGCACUUAAUAUGUGGCUGCCACAUGAAAAAGAUGGUUCAACAAGAGUAUCUGAAGCCCUCAUCAAAAUAUUUGUGGCCCAAAUAUGUAAGGAUUUGCCACAAGAAACUGCAAAGCUGAUUGUUAAUCCAAAUGAGGACGACAUAGCGGAUACGCCGUUGUCUGUGCUAUUUUUACAAUUAGAGACAGUUGCAAAUGCGUAUCUCGACAACCGACGGAAGCUGCGGCGCGCCAAACGACAGAGGACCUGCGAGGACGAACCGGCGCCUGCCGCCAUCGAACACUACGACUUUAAAACUUUAUUAGAGAAUAAAGCUAAUAAUUUAGAAAUACCUUUGAGUAUAAGUAGCGAGGAAUUGAUAAAGAUAAUUAAACAGAAUCUCUUAGAGUACGCGAAUAGAGACAGGCCGUUGUGUGAUGACGAGAUAGAUGGGUCCACGACUGCACUGUGCCUCACCAAAGCGGUGAUUGACUCAUACAGUCAAGCCAAUGUUAUCGAUCUCGUUAAACAGAAUUUAUUCGCUCGUCUCAGUUAA